UGUUCUUUGUCUGCUCCAACUCUUAGUUUCCUCCUCAUCACUGAGACCUUUGAUCAUUUUACCUGUGAGGAACCGAGCUGAGGCUAUUCCACUAUGAGCAGUGGUGCUGGACCCGCAGAAACCCUUUAGUGAGUCUGAAGCUGUGGGUGGUCGUCUCUCCUCUCUCACCUCCAGCCGGUGGAGGCAGAUGGUCGAACGCCCUGGAGGGUUGAAGGUUGUUUUGUUUUUGAGGUGAACUGGAGUGAGCUGGUUUUUGGGUCACGUAGACCCAGAUGGAGGCGACCCAAACCACAGCGUACAGUAGUUACAUUCAGAGAGGAAGAGGUCGUGUGGCCUAGGUCAGAACUGAUGAUCAGCUCAGUGAUGAGCCGGGUCCUCGUCGGGUCGGCUUCAGUGGAGACAUUGAAACCAAAAGGCCUCAUUUCCAUCAGUGAGUGUUAGUAACUGACUGAUGUGAUUUCCAGCUCAACGUCUGCUCUUCUGGACGUUUCCUCCAGUCAACGAACGUCAGCGCAGAGAAGCUGCAGAUGACUUUCCACAGAAACCACCAGACAAAUGUCAAGCACAGGAAGGAGGACGGUCGGGUUCUGGUUUCUGAAGACGAGGACACAGUGACUCAGCUCAGAUGGAGGGAACGGGCUCCUGGAGGCUGCUCGUCAUGAGCUCACUGCUGUGCUGCACAAACCAGGCCCGUCUCACUGUGAGUCCCAGCAGCUCUCAGCUCUUUGAACACCAGUUCAUGAAUCUCAGCUGUGAGGACGACGACGGAUCUGCUGGAUGGACGGUGACGAGGAACACGAGCAGAGAAACCAGAGCUGCGUGUGGAGCUGAUUGGGGAAAACUUGAUGCUUUCUUCUGCACCAUCAGCUACAUCCUCCCGUGGGACAGUGGUGUUUACUGGUGCGAGUCCAGCUCUGGCUCCAGCAGCAGCAGCAGCAGCAUCAGUGUCUCAGGUGGAUCCGUGAUCCUGCAGAGCCCUGUCCUCCCUGUGAUGGAGGGACAUGAUGUCACUCUGCACUGUCAAACAAAGAGCCCUCCCUCCGAACUCCCAGCUGAUUUCUAUAAAGACGGCUCCCUCAUCAGGACUGAGCCCACGGGUCACAUGACCAUCCACCACGUCACCAAGUCUGAUGAAGGAGUUUAUAAAUGCAGCAUCGAGGCUUCUGGAGAGUCUCCGUCCAGCUGGAUCCAUGUCUCAGAGACGCCCGUCGUGUCUCCACUAACCUCGGUCACUGCAGCAGAUCAAAGCUUCUCUCCUCCCUCGUCCUCCUCCACUCUAGGCCAUCCUCCCUUGCCUCCUGACUCCUCGUCUCCUCCUCUCUUUGUCUACUGGGUUAUUCCCCUUAUGUUUGGUUUGAUUCUUGUGCUUCUACUGGUUUUGUUGGUUUUGCUGGUGCAGCGGUGCGUCGGGAUGAAACCCAAAGUUGAGACAGACAAACACAGAGCGUCAGUCUGCUUCGAGGAGGUGACUUAUAACGAAGUAAUCAUCAGGCCGAGCAGCAGGAGAGGUGGGCUGCAAACAAACAGAGGGACAGACAGUGAUCCACACACCAUCUUCACAACAUCCCCGCGUUUGUGUCCAGCGCUUCCAGCAGAUCCAGAUGUUGUGUACUCGUCUGUGCGCUCCAGCGACGCGUCCUCACGUCUGUCCACCAUCUGAGGAGCACAGUGUUAUUGAUUUCACUUCUGAUCAACAAACGUUUAAACCUGUUUGACAUGUUGUUAUUUUAUGUCUGUGAGUCUAACAAACGCUGAUUAGUUCGUCCAAUGACCUUAGUGAUGAGCUUGUGUUCAGCGCUGAUGGAAAUAAAAGCAUUCAAACAGGACUAAGGAAGCGACU